AUGACGAUGAUGAGUAAUCAAGUUGUGCAAUUGGAAUUAAGACGAUCCAUUAUGGUCGGAUCCGAUUUUGUACCGGGACAAUAUGUGUAUAUAAAAGUCGAUACUAUUGGAAACGAAUGGCAUCCAUUUAGUAUCAGCUCCAGUCCAUUAUGCAAUCGUCACUCUUUUGUCUUGAAUGUUAAGGUCCAAGGAUCAUUUACGUCACAAUUGUUAAGACUUGUGAAAAAGCAGCAACUUCAUACGAUUCAUGUGGAUGGAUAUUAUGGUUCUGAAAUCAAGUUGGCACCGCAUAUGGUGUUUAUUGCUGGGGGUAGUGGUAUGACACCAUUUCUUAGUCUGUUGGAUCAUUUGAAGACACUUGGUAAUAUUCAUGACCAAGAUGAGAUGUUGACGGAUGAGUGUGAACUGCCACGGACUUUAUGGGUGAUCUGGACGUGUCGUGAUUUGGAACUUCUAGAAGCGUAUGCAAAGCUACUGGAUGCAGUAAACCGUUGUUCACGAUGGAAAUGUAAGAUUUGGUUACAUCAUACGUAUACUGAUGAAAAUAGAUGCACAAGUAGCGAUGAUGACUGCCAAACGGAACCCGACGAUAUGUCAGAAGAUUCCUCGCCGCGUGCUCAACGGUUCUAUCCAGUCUCACUCAAUCGUCAUGCUUUUUCGGGUCAUAGUUAUAUGCUGGGUUUGCCGUUAUUUGUUAGUACGGCAUUGGGUUGUCUAUUAUUGAUACUGUGUGUCUUCCGGUUAAAGGAGUUUUCAUCCAAGUCGUUCACGAGACGUUUAUUGUUGCUAGGUGCUGGCACGUUGGGUGCUCUACUUGGAGCUACAUUUGUACUGUCUUUUAUGCAACGUCGGAAUGCCCGUAAGAGUAGUCAAGACAGCGACGGCGUUAUGGAUAUUGCAAUGGAUGAAAUGGAAAUUGCCAGUCUAGACGUUAUGAGCCCCAUCACUCCUUCGACUCCACGUUCAAUGCCAAGUCCAGCACAGUCCUUGCUUCAUUGCAGCUUCUUGAUUGAAAAGGAGCGUCCAGACUUGGGUUUACGACUGCGCAUUGUGCACAAAGAGAUUCGCGAGCACUACGGCAUGAAUGCCGAAGUCGCGCUGCUAAUAAGUGGACCUGCAGAUCUGCAACGUGAUGCUUUACUGCAAGCACGUGAGCUUGUGGAACCUGCAUUCGCGAUACACGAGAAGUCGUUUCUAUUAUAG